AUGCGAUUCUAAACGGAGUAAAAUGUGGCAUGCAAUAUAGCUAGCAUCCAAAAAGGAAGCGGUGUUAAACUUACUACUAUCGGCUGAAAAAUUAUCUACUCACUAUUCAGACAUAAGUAAUCUGGCACUGUUACUGCAGUUGCUCACAAUAACUUCCUUUGCUUUGGUCUGGGAGAAGAGGACAGUUUGAGGGAGGGCACUGCCUCACCGGAGGGGCUGCUCAAUUUUAGCCCAAAUUAAAAACGUCCAGUGAAACAUCCAAGUUAUCGUGUGACAAAUUACAGAAUAACAAUUGGCGACGACUACAUGUUCUACAGAACGAAUGCGUGAGGACAUGUCGAGUGUGCUGUGUGUGAAGGAGGUGGAGGGGCAGGGUGACCCUGCCGAGAAGCUGUCCCAGGAUGAGUUGUUGUGUCGGACCCGGGAUGUGAUGCAGGGGUUAGAGGCUCUUCGUGCUGAGCACCAUGCGAUCCUGGAGGGGCUGAUGGGAACGCUGCGCUGCCUCAAACAGACUCAGGAGGGCCGUGCCGUCGAGGAGAAGACCGCCAUGAUCCAGCGCUCUCUGGAGAUGCUCGAGCUGGGCCUCAGUGAGGCACAGGUUAUGAUGGCUCUUUCAGGGCAUCUGAGUGCAGUGGAGGCAGAGAAACAAAAGCUUCGGGCACAGGUGCGGCGACUAUGCCAAGAAAACCAGUGGCUGCGGGAUGAGCUGGCUGGCACGCAGCAACGUCUGCAGAAGAGUGAGCAGAGCGUGGCCCAGCUUGAGGAGGAGAAGAAACACCUGGAAUUCAUGAACCAGCUCAAAAAAUAUGACCAGGACCUCAGCCCAACAGAUGACAAAGACUCUGACUCUAGUAGGGAGACUCUGGACGAUCUUUUCCCUGAUGAACAGGAUGAGCCAGGCCCUGGCAUCCAAACCCCACACAGUAGUGCGGUAGCAGCAGCUCAGCAGGGUGGCUACGAGAUCCCAGCUAGGCUCCGCACCCUCCACAACCUGGUGAUCCAGUAUGCCUCACAGGGCAGGUAUGAGGUGGCUGUGCCCCUCUGCAAACAGGCACUGGAGGAUUUGGAGAAGACCUCGGGCCAUGACCAUCCUGAUGUCGCUACCAUGCUCAACAUCCUUGCCCUCGUUUACAGGGACCAGAAUAAAUACAAAGAGGCUGCAAACCUUCUGAAUGAUGCGCUUGCUAUCAGAGAGAAAACACUGGGCAAAGACCAUCCUGCGGUGGCUGCUACACUGAAUAACCUGGCUGUUCUUUAUGGUAAGCGAGGAAAGUACAAGGAGGCUGAGCCACUAUGCAAAAGGGCAUUGGAGAUCAGAGAGAAGGUGCUGGGGAAGGACCACCCUGAUGUGGCAAAGCAGCUGAACAACCUAGCCUUGCUGUGUCAGAACCAGGGCAAGUAUGAGGAGGUGGAGCACUACUACCAGAGAGCCCUCAACAUCUACCAGACCAAACUGGGCCCUGAUGACCCGAACGUAGCCAAGACAAAAAACAAUUUGGCUUCAUGUUAUCUAAAGCAGGGCAAGUUUAAGCAAGCAGAGACUCUGUAUAAAGAGAUCCUCACACGAGCUCAUGAGAGGGAGUUUGGAUCUGUGGACGAUGAAAACAAGCCCAUCUGGAUGCAUGCUGAAGAGAGAGAAGAAAGCAAGGGAAAGCAGAAGGAUGGCUCUCUGUUCGGAGACUAUGGUGGCUGGUACAAGGCCUGCAAAGUAGACAGUCCCACAGUGACAACCACGCUGAAGAACCUGGGGGCUCUCUACAGGCGGCAGGGCAAGUUUGACGCUGCUGAGACUCUAGAGGAGGCUGCUAUGCGUUCCCGAAAACAGGGUCUGGACACAGCCCACAAGCAGCGUGUAGCAGAGGUGUUAUGCGACACGGAGGCUCGGGAGAAGCAGUGCAGCAGGGAGAGCCUCACCUCCGAUACCGUGAAGUAUGAGAGCGGCCCAGACGGAGGAGAGGAAGUGAGUAUGAGUGUGGAGUGGAACGGGGAUGGCUCGGGCUCACUGAAGCGCAGCGGCUCCUUCAGUAAACUCCGUGCCUCCCUCCGCCGCAGCAGCGAGAAACUAGUCCGCAAACUCAAAGGAGGCAGCUCACGAGAAAACGAGCCGAAGAACCCUGGCAUGAAGAGGGCCAACUCUCUGGGGGUUCUCAACAAGCUGGACAAACCUGCGGGAGAACUCUACAAAGUAAGAAAGAGAGAAAUAAUCGUCUGAGGAAGACUCGGGACCUGAGUGCCAGUCAUGCUGACCUGGCGCAUUGAAAGCCUGAGUUCCCAAGAGGGAGGACAUGGAUAGGUUCCGGAAUGUGGACAAGUGCUGCACACUUCUCCCUGUACCCCCAGCCCCCUUUUUUAACAGCCUUAAACUUUCACAACUUUCCUAAAUUGUAAUGAUAUUUAAAAUUGAAUACCUUAUGUUUUUAGACAACAUAAACAGCCACCAGUUAAUUAUGUGCAACUAACAAAACCAUAUGCUCUCAACCCACUCCCAAGCUAACCACACUCAAAAGUUGAUACUGAAAUGCCAUUUGACCCAUACCUCUGCAGGCAAUAUGUUAUUUGCCAGGGGGAAAACCGGAAGUAAAAGUGAAUUGUGCUGAUUACUAAAACUGGGCACUGACAGGUUCACUGCACAUUUGACCCAGUGAUGCUGCAGAAUCUAUUUUCUCUUUUCUUUAUUGUUACCCUCUGGGCUAUCUGUGAAGGAUAACUCGUGACUGCGUAAUUUAGAUGUGUCCUUGUAUGUAUAGAAAUAGUAUCUGUCACUUAUUUUCUGUCAUGUAAAAUAAUGCCAUUGACAACCAAAACCUUUAUUUUUGGUGAUCUUUUCAGUAACAUUAUAGGUACAGCUUCAUGAUAGAAGAUUGUCCCAAUUUUAUUUCUGAACUUAUUUAUUUCUUUGAGAAAUUAUGCACCAUACCUAUUUCAAUAAGGUAUUUGUUUACAUUCAGUAAUGCACAUUACUGCAUUUGUUUUGAUUUUUUUUUUUUUUUUUAAAGAAGUGGUUUGUUUAGGAAACCUUAAAUUGUCCCUUAACCUAAUGGCUUCAUCGCCAUCAAACUCUUCUGUAUGUCCAAAAUUAAGAUUGGAUUAGGGGUGGAUUAGGGGUUUCUCAGGACUGAAAGAGCAUGUUUUGGAAUACUAAGGAAAACUGCACUUGUCUGAUCUCAUAGAAUUAUGUUUGGCUUUAUCUGUUACGGUAAAAUUUAUUUUUACCUCAACUUCAUCUGUUACAUUUUUUUAAAAAUAUAAAGAUACAUCAAAGUGACUUGGGUGAGUUGAUGGACUGGUUCUAUUUAACUCAUUUUAUUAUGAAUAUGUGACUGCCUUUCCAGAAUGUCUGUCAAAUAGUUUUGAAGAUAAAAAAUAAAUCGAUGUGCUAGCUGUUUUUUUUUUUUUAAGAGAAUAAAUGACUUAUUGCAGGACCCCCUUUUUUUUGACAGAGAAUGACUGACUGCAGGAAUCCUUUAAUUAUGUUUAUAUAGAGUAUAUAAUAUUAUAGACUGGUCAUCAUGUGGAUCUUAAAUUCUAGGUAUGCCUGACACUAGAUGAAUAUGCACUGUAUGGAACAUUUUAUCCCUAUAAGUAUAUAAACUUGAAACAGGAUACAGAAAACAUGCCUUCAGAUUCCUUUGAUCGGUUUUGCUGAUAGAAAGACCUUACAAAGGAUCUCUGUGCUAUCUGACUUUAACCAGUUCUCUAAGAAGUAAAUGAACUUUGAAAAAACAUGUUCAACAAAAAUUAUGUAUUUGAGAAAAUAUUAAACAAUUUCAUGCAAUUUUUAUUUCUCUGCAUUGGGCUGCAUUAUGACAAAGUGCAAUACAGUAGCUGCUCUGUUUUGGGUUCCGUUUGACCUUAUAUACCACAUUCUGCUGGCAAAAUCUGCUUGCCUUGGUGUUUUAUUGCAUCUGUGAUUAAAGGCAUCUCUUCAUUUUUCUUCA